GGACUUUAUGCGCGCAGUACCGCGGACCGCGGUACUUCAUAAAGGGCGUGUGCACUCGUCCGCUUGUCGUUAGGGCGCGUCAUGUGAUCACGUCAUAGUUCGUUCGAUGCGGCGUCGUUUUUUCAUUUCCACCGUCUGUUUGCCAUAAUGCUAUCGGCUAGAUCGAUUUCUUUGUUACUGAGAAGUUCGAGGAGUAUCCCAUUGCUGAAGUCUUUUGCGCCAUUGAGUACUACUAGUUCUACACCAGUCAAAGCAGAAUCCACAAAAGAAGUGGAAUUUCAGUGCGGAGAUCAAAAAUAUGUUGGGAAGGCAAAGCUUGGUGAUACACUCUUGGAUGUUGUUAUAAAUAACGACUUACCGCUUGAUGGUUUUGGAGCUUGUGAAGGAACUCUUGCUUGCUGUACAUGUCACGUUAUCCUGUCGCCAGAGCAUUAUCAACGAGUAGAUCGGAUCAGCCCUCCUGGAGAAGAAGAAAUGGACCUGCUUGAUUUAGCUCCUGAGCUCAGCGAUUAUUCCCGAUUAGGUUGUCAGAUUCAAGUGGACUCCGACGACCCUGACAAGAUAGUUGUGACUGUGCCGAGCGAAAAAAGGGAUGCCAGGACGAUUGAUUAGCAUUGCCGCAGCGUAAGCAAACCGAUUCGUCUUCUAGAAGUGAGUGGCAGGCCAUUUCGCCAAAUUUGUGAUAUGGUUGAUAGGUAUUAUGUGCUACUCCGGUGCUUCAGAUUCCUAGAUACAAUUUUGAUCUAAUUUUUUUCGUUAGGCUAUCCAUUCAAGUGUUUUCAUGUGGUUGUAGUUUGAUUGACGCUUGCGACAGAGUGCCCCUCCGAAAUUGUUUUGGUGUCUCACUUUUUGGCGCUGUACCAUCAAUCAGCAAAGUACAGAGUACAUAAUUUUGAAGAAAACUACAAAAAGGAGGUAAUGGAAUCUUUCAACGAUUACGAGAGAUAUCGUAUUCUGUGUUACGUGUGUUCCGCUGAGCGAAACUAUCAUCUCCUCUUUUUUUUGGAAAUUUACAUUUCCGGUCUGACACCGGAGUGGUAGUGACAGAUGUGUGGUAAUCAGUUAGGAGAUGUUCUAGGGUUUAUUGUAUGAGUGCAGACAUUUGCUAGUUUCGUGUUUUUGUCAUGAGAUCGCUACCGGUGACUUUUUUCCUUGCUCAGUUGUGUAUGCUUUUCUUUCAGUCACUGGAAGUAAAGAAAUGCUACGUC